AUGAUAUUUACGGGCGGGGGGGCUCGCCGGCGCACUUCGCCCGCGCCGCCGCGCGUCCGCGCCCCCGUCCAGCGUCUACGCGCCGACCACUGGUUCCCGGGCGGGCGGAGCGAGUACGGCGACGGCGAGGUGCGACGCUCGCGUGGCAAACGCAUCACUCAACGCCGCGGUGCAAUCAAACACUACAAAGUCCACGAAGUGAACGGGCACCAAUUCGUUGCGAAGUUCUUUCGGCAGCCGACGUUUUGCGCAUUCUGCAAGGAGUUUCUGUGGGGCUUCGGCAAGCAGGGCUAUCGAUGCGUUGUGUGUCAGACCGCCGUGCACAAGCGUUGUCACAGCAAGCUGCUGGGAAAGUGCCCCGGCUCCAGCGCUCACUCCGACGCUACCAUUUAUCUCCGGGAGCGGUUCAAAGUAGACGUUCCCCACCGAUUUCGGCCGCACCAUUUCAUGUCCCCGACAUUUUGCGACCAUUGUGGAGCAUUAUUGUAUGGUUUUUUUAAACAAGGAUUAAAAUGUGAAGGUAAAUUGUGA